GGAUGGUGCACCCGCAUGCAAUGUCAUCAUCCCAGACCAUGGCGGCGUCGCUGCUGGGGCAAAGACCUCAUGAUGCGGCGUCAGAGAGGUCUGCGAUGGACCUCCAGGUCGACCGGUGCGAGCAGUCGAAGCCGCCAGCCGCCAGCGACGUCACCCCCAAGCUCGAAGCAUCCAAUAAUGCGACGGCCGAUCAACUCAAAGCCGUUUCCGAAUCUGCUUUUCUAGCGUUAUCUGAUGACUACAAGAAACAGACUGAGCGUGAAAAGCAAAAUGCGGCCAGCGCUCUCUUGGCACAACUCUUGUCAAGCAAACCGUUGAAUAACUCCCCCGAACCCGACCAAAACCAAUCGUCUACUGAAAUGGAACUCGAUGAAAAAAUUCCUCAGUCCCGGAACCCUUCACCUCGUCCGUCACCGCAAACCCAACUGAACGGCGACAACCCUCCCAUCGAACAAGCUCCACCGCCAACAUGUGCCCAGGCCGACGCCACAUUGGAUACAAGUGAAGCACAAAAGGCCACCGAAGAUAAUUUGAUGCCUGAGGCUUCGCAGGAAGACAGCAUCGAAAGGGAACACAAUCUAAUUCUGGAUGCAAUUCAGAGCAACGCAAAAGCCAACCCAGAUUUUAUCCCGAUGUUCUCGGACUUCACGCCACUCCCGGCUGCUAGAUCCGCGAAGGAAGCCCUUUUGCAAAGCGAAAUUCUUACGGAUGCAUACUUUGGCGCAGUUGGUGGUCCUACACCCAGAAUCGUUGGCUAUCCGGAGCUCCCUACUCAAAAGGAUGCCAAAGGUACAACAAAUGACUCUGGAUCUGUCUCUGGGUCUGAACCUAGAAUCCAGGCUUAUGCUAAGCUGGAAUUUGAUGAUGGCCACUUCUACGUCAAUACCUAUUCUUUUAUCCUCGGUCGUGAUGUUCGUGCUGCUCGCGCUGCUUUUCAGCGAGAAUUGCAGCUAAAGCAGCAAAAAGCUCAGAAUGGGAAUGGCGUCCGAACCCCAAAACGGAUAAAACCGGAUAAUAACCACACGAUCAUGGGCAGUGUGAUCAGUGAUACCGGUGGCAUCAUGGGCUUUGACCCCGAUGUUCCCCAACAUUGCCCACCUCAGAUGAGCUGGAAGUCCUCCAAUUCUUCGAAUGGUCACCAUAGCCACCCCAUGUUGCAUAUGACCCAAGCGGAACCUGACAUGUCAACUCCAGUUGAACCUCCUCGAGUGAUGAAGGAUUACAAUGCCCUCGCCAUGGAGUCGUUACAGAAUGGAAAUGAGCCAAAGAGAGUAGAUACACUUGCUUUGCUACCGACACCGGAUUCUUGUCCAAUCAUACCGAUACAUCCUCCAGCUUCAGCCAACGGAGUUCCCUCAUCUCAUCGUGGUAUAUCAAGAAAACAUGUCAAGAUCGCGUACAAUUUUCACAGAAAUGUAUUUGAAAUGGAGGUAAUGGGAAGAAAUGGUGCCUUUAUGGGCGCAGAUUGGCUUGCACCAGGCCAGGUCCGCCCUCUUCAUAGCGGUGAUUUUAUACAAAUAGGUGGAGUGAGGGUGAGAUUUCUACUCCCAGAUGUCCCGAUCGGAGGGACCGGUUCGGAGGCAACGGAAUCGCCAGUACCCGAGUCUAAUGAAGCCGCCCGUUCCCGCCCUGAAGGAGGCAGUGCUAAGAUCGAGAGUGAAGGAGAAGCCGAUAAUUCUGGUGGAGAGGACUCCGCGCGUAACAAAGAAGCUGGUAAAGUGAAAGUCAAGAAGCUCACAGUGACGGUAUCCGGACAAAAGCCAUCAACAGAAGAAAGUCAGACUCCUCAGCCUGCUCGUCGUCGUGGCCCUGGUCGCCCGCCAAAGGAUGGCAUCAUGUCAAAGCGUGAGCGGGCAGAGAUAGCGCGUGAGCAGAAACUAGCUGCUCGCCGUGAAGCCAAUGGUGGAGUGACGCCGCCUCCAACGACCAAAUCUAAGGCGUCCAAAUCCGGGAAAGACGGGGAAGCUGAAGACCAACCCGCAGUCAAACCGGAAAAGAGAAAAUAUACAAAAAGGAAACGACCUGAUUCUGCUCCUGGUGAUUCGGUUGUGCAGUCGAUAGAGGGGGGCGAUGGAAACAUUGCGCCAGGACAAGAAGAGCCUAUCAAGCCGGCGCCUGUCAAGAAGCGCAAGCCUUCCAGGUCACCUUCACCUGACUACCCUCCAGAAAGCUUUUACACGCCCAAAGAACUAGCGAAACCACCAUAUAAUUACGCCGUAUUGAUCUACGAUGCGCUAUCUGAAUCUCCAACUCCCAUGACGCUGAAGCAAAUUUAUCGUGCAUUAAAACUAAAAUAUCCAUACUUUCGCUUUAGGUGUGAAACUGAAGGUUGGACUUCAAGUGUGCGGCAUAAUCUGAACGGCAAUAACCAUCUCUUUAUGCACGCUGAACGAGAUGGCAAAGGAUGGUCAUGGAAACUGAUUCCGGGGGCGUCAGUGGACAAAGAAAAGAAGCGUCGUCCAUCUCCGCCUCCCCAGGACAUAACCAACCACAACAACCAGCCUUUCCUCCCGCCCUCAGCGGUUCCGCAGUAUACUAUUCCCCACGGAAUGCCUGCACAGCAUCCCCCGCCACAAUAUCCGUAUCAGCCAAUUACCCAACAUCCAACCCCCAUGGCUCCUCCACCUCUCCCUCCACCUCCACCUGCCCGCCGAGCCAACCCGUUUCCUUUCACCCUGCCUCAUCUGCCACAGACUGUAUUGCCAGAGCAUGACUUACCUCGACCGUUUUCUCUCUUACGAUCUCCGGUGUACAGCUCACCCUAUUCUUCGACUCCUCCGCCGCCUCACUUUCCGCAUCCACGACAUCGUCGAGCUCCACCGCAACCACCGCCCCAACGUCGACAACCUCCGCCAUCGGCGCCAGUGGCACCGCCGCCACAAAAUUAUAAUGCUCCAAGCAUUAUAAAAUUUCAAUCUCAACCGUACAAUGCAGUUCCCCAUCCCAGCCAGCCUCCUCCACAAGCCCCUCCUCCACCCCCUCCCGCUGUUCCUAUACAUCCCAUGCCGCCGGCGCCACCUCCACCGCCUCAGAACACUUCACCGAUUUCAUCGUUAUCUCUCAUUAACCAAGACCCGGCAUUCCUUUCCCGAGCCAACCAGGCAAUCGAUAAUUUCGAGGCAGUUCUUAUGGAAGAUUAUGAAGAUCAGGAGUACAUCAAGAAGGUUCUAAGGAGUGCCCGUGAUCGCGUCCUCAAUGGCGCAAAGGAGAGUUCUUUCCCUGGUGGAGAGCCGAAAGAUGAAGCCGUAAUCAUCAAUGCCCUUCGCGGAAUUAUCGGCCAGUUGACGGGAGACCAGAGCCAAGCAGGGAUACCUUAAGUAUCCUGCCUCAAGCUGGCUAUGUUGUCUGCUCUAUUAAUACCUUUCUGCCCUGAUUUAUUUCACGACAAUGAACGAGCAGCAAGGGAAGGGGAAAAAAAGUCAGAUUAAACUAUAAAUCGCCUUUCUUUUAGGUUCGUUCUUUUUCUUCAUUUGGCAUGGCAUGGUUUGGAAGGGUUUUGGCUCUUUUCUGUUAAUUUACACCCCCCCAAAACACACACACACAAAACGGCGCUAUAUAUGGAAAAUCGGGAUGCGGGUUGGCUCGGGCAAGGAAUCCUCUUUUUGGCAUACGCGUGAUGAGUGAAAUGAAAAGGGCCGAUGAUAGCCCCGUGGAAGAUUUAUGAUUAUUUAAUCCUUUACCUGGGUACAUAGGUUUUUUAUUUUCCCCCUCUAUUUACUGUCGCAAUGUGCUUUACUUCCUCACUGGUUUCUCCCACCUGCAUCGGGUCUACACAUCUUUCAUUCACAAGUGUUUUAUGAUAUCCAAAGACCAGAGCAUGGCGUUUCUGUCACGUCUUUUUCAUAUUCAUUUCAUAUAUUUUUACUUUUGAUUUUUGUCUUCUACCUCCCUUUCCCUUCAUAUAGUAGCGCAGGGCUAUGAUCAUGGCCGCAUGAGAUUCCGAAUCCAAAUCCACAUGUAAUUGAUCUCUCUUCCAGGCCGCUUGGCCUGCUCCUUUUUCUUUUUCCCUUUUUCCCGGGCGCCAUAGCUCCAGCAUUGAAGUUUGCCCAGUUUAAAAACACCUCGACUCCAAACGAUGGCAAGCCUUAAGAAUUGUGGAGUACAGGAGUAACUAGCAGUUUAGGUGCAGAAACUUUCAAUCCCCACCUCUCAUGC